UCAAAACACCGGAACCAAUAAUGAAUGCAACGCUUCCGCGGGUCCCAUUUAUAUUUCCAUGGUUCCCGCUUCCCACACGUCACUUUGCUACAGUACACCAACAACAAGCCAAGCAGAAGUGCGCAAUUUUUUUUUUAACGUUUGUUUAGGUUAUCUAGCGACCCAUUUUAUGCUGGGGUUAUGGGGAAAUGUAAGUUUAAUGACGCGUGGCGAGAUAAACAGGCAUUUUGCCACUGGUUGAAACCGGUGGACAAAAAUGUUUUCGCGGCUUUUUGCACCGUAUGCAAAAAAAUUAUUCAGCUUGGUACGAUGGGCUUGAAGGCUUUAGAGUCCCAUGCCAAGUCGUCCAAGCACAUUUCUUCUAUAAAAGGGAAAUAUCAAACUCCUUCCAUCGCCGGAGUGUUUUCUGCUAGCGUUGGCCAGCCAGCUGUUGUGCCUGAAUCAGAAGCAGAAGCAGAUAACCAGCCAACUGCUAGCACUAGCAGUGAUACAGCAGCCCCUCCAGUUACGACGACUAGAGUGGAUCUGCGCACAUCUUUUGGGUCCACACCCACUAUGAAGGCAGAGGUGUUGUGGACUCUUAAUACCAUCUCCAAACACCAGUCUUACAAUGGUAAUGACAGUAUUUCAGAGCUGUUCAAAUGCAUGUUCCCAGAUUCCGACAUCGCUACCACAUUUACUUGUGGUCCUGACAAAACGGCGUACAUAGCCAAGUUUGGUUUAGCUGUCUAUAUAAAAGAGGAACUGGUGUCCCAAGUCAACAAAUCGCUGUUCGUUCUGAUGUUCGACGAGAGUCUCAACGAGACUACGAAAAACAAACAGCUGGAUGUGCAUGUCCGCUUCUGGAACGAGGGACAGGUUCAGUCCAGAUAUCUGGGCUCCCAGUUUAUGGGACAUUCCACUGCACAAGACCUGCUGUCACAUCUCAAAGAAUGUAUGGACAAACUGAACCUCAGGAACUUGGUGUCUAUUUCAAUGGAUGGGCCCAAUGUGAAUUGGAAACUCUUCGACCUUUUCCAGAAAGAUCAAGCUGAGCAGUACGGAGGUCUUCAGCUCGUUUGUGUGGGGAGCUGUGGCCUACACACGCUACACAACUCCUUCAAGUGUGGGUUCACUGUAUGGCAGCUGGACAAAUUGCUGAGAGCAAUGCACACAUUGUUUCACAAUACGCCUGCCAGGAGAGAGGAUUACAUCACCGUAACCAAGUCCAGUGUGUUCCCUCUAUCUUUCUGUGCCCAUCGUUGGGUAGAAAACCUUCCGGUUGUGGAGAGAGCCCUGGCAGUCUGGCCAUCACUUCUCCUGUACAUGGAAGCUGUGAAAACAAAGAGACUCCCGAACCCUGGAACAGCAUCAUAUGACACACUUGCAGCAGCCAUAAAGGAUCCACUCGUCUUGGCCAAAUUGCAGUUCUACGCAGCAAUUGCCAGGACCUUCAAUCCCUUCCUGAAAAAAUAUCAGACGGAUGAGCCUGUGCUCCCAUUCCUCCCCAAGGACCUGACCGAGUUGAUGAUGAGUCUACUCAGACGCUUCAUAAAAAGAGAAGUACUACACGAUAUCACUGCCCUGCAGCUGACCAAACUGGAUGUCACAGACAAGACCAUCUGGCUCAGCCCACAAGACAUCAGCAUUGGUCUAGGUGCAGAGUCAGUCCUUAAGAGAAUCAAAGGUGCAGAACUCAGGGUGCUCGAGUUCAAGAGAGAGUGCAUGCAGGGACUGAGUAACAUGAUCAAGAAAGUGCAGGACAAGAGCCCCCUCAAGUAUCUGACUGUUAGGCAGAUGGUGUGCCUGGAUCCGUCAGUAAUGUAUAGAGAACCAGAUAGAGGCAGGAAUCACAUGAAAGGGCUGGUUCAAAGGUUUCUCCAGGACAAACAGCUUACUGAUACUUCUUUGGGGGAUGUCAUACUGCAGCAGUUUGACAGUCUCCUGUCCUUGGAGAGCCGGAGUGAGGACUUCCUCUCCUUUCAACCCAUGCAGAAGAGGCUGGACAUCUUCCUGAGCAGCGCCAUGGAGCCUUAUCCCGAGCUGUGGGCCUUCUGCAAGAAGCUGCUCAUCCUCUCCCACGGUCAAGCUACAGUUGAGCGUGGAUUCUCAAUCAAUAAAGAGGUGGAGUCUGAUAACUUGGAGGAGGAUACUGUGGUCACACGGAGACUGGUGUGUGACUUCAUCAUACAACAUGGAGGUGUUACCAAGGUUCCACUCAGUAAACCACUACUGGAAAGUGUAGCAAGGGCAAGGACAUGGUAUCGUACCCAUCUGGAGACCAAAAGAAGGAACAGGGAGGCAAAAGAGCAGGCUCUCAAGAGGAGGGAAGCAGAGGACUGUCUUGAGGAGCUGAAGGUUAAGAGGAGACGUGUACAGGAGGUAUCUGAGGGUCUGGCUAGGGAUGCGGACAGGAUGGCUGAGGAGGCUGAAGCGAAGGCAGGGAGCAAGAUGGCUGGCCUGAUCACCAGGUCAAACAUCCUGCGGAGAGGCCAUAAGGAGAAGUUGGCAGAACUGGCUCUCCUUGAUAAAGAGAUCGCUGCUAAGAGUGCAGAACUUAGGAGUUGACUGUGAUCAUAAUUUUAUUUAUUGUUGAGUUGAUUUUCAUUGUUUAUUGUUCAGGAGUCUGUGCUGUUGGCGUAAGUACUCACCACUAUGCUGUAAUGUUCCAUCAUUCCAUAAUGCUUUACAGUCCACAUUUUCACAUUUGUUGAAAUAAAUUAACAAAUUUUGAACAAACGUUGUCGGUAGGUCUGUGAAAUAGGCCGUGAAAUAGGUAUUAAUUUUUUAUAUAAGUGGUCUUAAAAGGGACUUAAAAAGACUUGAAUUUGACUUGAACAAACCUGUAGGA